AUGCAUGCUGAGUUCAGGAACACAGGAUUAGAAAGGUCCGAGGUCUUAGCAAAGGAUUUGGAAUGGUUUAGGAAGCAAGGUCAUGCCAUCCCGGAACCGUCUACUCCUGGUGUCAGCUAUGCUCAUUAUUUAGAGGAGCUAUCAGAAAAGGAUCCUCAAGCAUUUAUUUGCCAUUUUUACAACACCUACUUUGCGCAUUCAGCUGGAGGUCUUAUGAUAGGGAGAAAGGUAGCUGAAAAGAUACUCGACAAGAAAGAGCUGGAAUUCUACAAAUGGGACGGCGACCUUUCUCAGCUGCUGCACAAUGUUAGAGAUAAGCUGAACAAAGUCACAGAAAACUGGACCAGAGAGGAGAAGAACCAUUGUCUGGAAGAGAAGGAGAAGUCAUUCAAGUUCUCCGGGGCCAUCCUCCGAUUGGUAUUCUCUUGA